GUUGGUGCUUUUACGGGAAGAAGGCUAACGAGUUGUUUCUGCUGUCGAUAAGUACAGCGAUGCGAAACUUCGAAGCAUGGUCGAACACCCUUUUGGUUAUGCAAGGAGCUAGCGAGCAGGUGGGGAUAGCGUGGUGUAAGCAUAGGCUAUAGCCUGGACAUCGUGAUGGAGUUCAGACAUUCGCUCGUGGCUCGUGUAGUUUGCACGGUGCGUCAGUAAGCACUGGGUGGCUGUGCUGUUUUACGCUUCGCUGCACUUCACCAGGUCUUCAAGGAGAAAAUCAGCUGAUGUGGAAGCUGAGGCUAAUCUGCUGAUCCCAGCUCACCGAGUGUUGGGGCGGUGGUGCCAGUCUUUGCCUACAUGCUUGGCCUAUCUGUGUGGCGCGUGAAGUACUAAACGCAAGCAUGGGCGUAGGGCCGUCGGCGGGCGAAGGUGGAGGAUUUGGCACCCCGAGCAGGCGAUAUGAGGUUGUAAGCGCGAGCAUCCCCGCACCUGCCCCGAAACUCCGUCAAAACCCGAGCGAGGAGAGCAGAAGUUCGGAAUUAUUUGCACGCUUACUUGGCGCAAGACGUGAUGGACAUCGCACGUCUUUGGUUGGUGUUGGGAACAACUCCACACCCCGUGCCCAGGAUUUGCUGAGGGCAGCCGUUUUGGGACAAGCCAGUGACGUCGAUACAUUGCUGUCGCGGUUGACGCGACGCAAGGCACGCAGAUUGCUGGUGUCGCGGAAUGGUGGUCGCCUGUACCCGAGUGGCAGCACGGCGGUACAUGUAUGCGCAAAGCUGGGCCAUGUGACGUGUUUGCAGUCCAUCCUCGUACACUGUGCUAGCCCGGAGCUGGUAGAUCUGAAAAACUUCCAAAGCUACUCUGCACUGCUGCUUGCAUGCCAAGAAGGCCGUGCCGACUGCGUAGAGUGCCUGCUAUCGCAUGGCGCCGACGUAGCAUCACGCAAUGCCUGGGACGAGACGGCGCUGCACCUAGCGGCACAGUGUCGCAAGCCAGGCCGUGACCAAUGCCUGAGUGUACUGCUUCGACAUGGGGCUAACGUCAAAGCGAAAUGCAGUAUGGGUUGGACAGCACUGCAUUGGGCUGCUAGAGAGCAACAUCCACUGUGUUUGAAGAUUCUCAUUGACGCUGGAUGUCCACUGGAUUCAAAGGAUCAAAUACGGGUGACGGCAUUGAGCGAGGCAUCGCGUGAAGGCACUGCACUCAGUGUUCAAGCGCUACUAGAGGCCGGUGCCCGUGCUGACGUGCGCGACCUGGGUGACAACUUAGCUCUUCAUGAAGCGGCCUGCGGUGGUCACAGCCAGUGUGUUGCACUGUUAGUCGAUGCUGGUAGUAGUGUGAAUGAGCGCGGCAAGCAGUGGGACACGGCACUGCACAUGGCUGUCAAAGGUGCACACAUGGACUGCGUGCAGGUACUGCUAGACCAUGGUGCUGACCCAUACCUCUCCAAUAGAGACGGUCUAAACUGUUUCCAGGUGGCAACUAGCCCAGUGCCAGUGGCGACUCCGGUGCGCUAUCUCCUACGCGAGUACAGUGACCAUUUGAACAAGCCGGACUGGUUUGGAGCCAAGAGCAGAGCGUUGGACACCGAAGAUGAGCCCAAGCCCGUUCAUUCCCUGCAAACGCUGGCACGCUUUACAAUCCGAUCGCAUCUAACUACGUCGUGCAGUGUUGCCGUUUCACAGCUGUCGCUGCCCGGCGUUAUGAGAGAGUUCCUUCUCUAUAGGGACUCGCCGCCAAGUCAUAUCGUGUCACAAGAGGAGGAGAGUUUAUCGCCGUCGCAGUCAUGGUUGAAUUCACCACGCCACUAUGUACUGAGGUGACUGCCCCAUCAAGACUAACACAAUCCUGUACUACUGGCAGCAACAGUCGCCCCGCACGCGCACAUCAUGGUGAGCUCUCUGCAACCAUGCCCGUACAGCCAUACCCGUAUCCAUGUAUCCAUCUGUCCCGGCAUGGUACAGACUGCCUCGCCUCCGCAACAUCCUCACCUGCCGGGGGAUGGUGACAUCACCGGCAGGUCACUAGCAUCCCAAUGGUUUCAUCGUGCGGCGAGAUUGUGAUUGGCCAAUCAUCAGACACACACGGUAGCUGAGCACUAUCACCCUCCACCAAGGCAUGCCAGCAACGCUCAUCCCACAGCUCUAGGUGCGCAGACAGUCGGAGGUUAGCUAAUACAUGUUCACGGGGUGCACACCAUGAUGUGGAAGCAAUGUGGAACUUACAGUCGGAGCUAUUGUAUUGCACACUGGCAUGCAGGUCUGCACUCUGCAGUAUGGGUCAUGUGACCUAUCUGCAGCGUAGGCCAUGUGACCUAUAUGCAACGUGGGUAAUGUGACCUGUCUGCAGCAUGGGUCAUGUGACCUAUCUGCAGCGUAGGCCAUGUGACCUAUAUAAUAUGCAGCAUGGGUCAUGUGACCUGUCUGCAGCAUGGGUCAUGUGACCUGUCUGCAGCAUGGAUCAUGUGAUUUGUCUGCUGCACAUUGAGCAGCAACACUGCAUGCCACCAUGGCGUGUGCCGGCGUGCACCAAAGCCUGAUCAGUACAGUGUAUGACGGUGGUGAAGAGUGCUAUACCACGGCAGCGGCAGGGCAUAGCGCACUACCUGGGAAUACCAGUAGUAGCAUAUACUUUAAGCAGUGUGCAUGAUCCCCCAUUCAUCAUACUAACUUCUUGGAAUUCUCAUCUUAUGAUUCUUUUUAAUAUUUCCUUCUCUCAUAUUUUUAUUCGUUCUUAGUAUAUAGUAGGAACCGGUGGUUUUCCUCUGGGCAGAAGGCAGAAUUGCCCGUGCUCUAAACUAAUCCGAAUAAAAGAAACAAAACAGAACAAAAAAUUGCACACAGCACGUGUGCUCGUAGCACCAGGGACGAUCUCCCACAAACCAGCCCAUCACCAUCACCCCGACCAUUCAGUAGGACUGAAUAUCAUGGUCAGCCUCUAGACAGUACAUGGCAUCUGGUGGUUGGAGUGGAGUGCAACCGCAAACAGACCGUUACAAUUUGUACUUGAAGUUUUUUUUUAGAUGUAAAUAGAAGCUUAUUUUAUCCAGGGCACUUUCCAACGUGCCACAUUUUGUUCCGUCAAACUGUCCGAGAAUAAUAUCUUUAUUAGGAUAACCCAAAGGCUUGUCGCCUAUCAAUGGGUUCACCGCUUUGAAGGAUGAUGCACAUGUACGAUCCGAUCUGAAAAAGAACUGCGUACUUGAAGUACAUUGUAUCGGUACAAAGUCAAGACGUGUAUCCACUCUGAAAACACCAGUCUAUUUAAUUAUGGCAUUAUUAUAAUCAUCCCACAUGCACACCAGUGCUUCCUUAUCCAUGAAACUUAUCAAAAUAAUGUCAAGUGUUGGCAUAUCCAUGAGCUGAUUGUUUAGUAACUGGUGGUGUUAGUGGCUAUUAUAGCGUAACUUGUAGUUCCUUGGUCCUUUUUCUUUUCUAUAAUACAUUAAUUUUAUCGUUGGCUCUCCGUCCGAGUCCAUUGUUGGCAUACGGUAUCAAUAUUUAAUUGCACAA